ACUCUACUGGUUUCCGAGGAAGAAUUGGCUCAGAUGACUCAGAUUAAGCCAACGGUAACUGGUGUUCAACUGAAGUCAAUAAUUGACACACUGGUGGCAACCAUUGAACAAAAAAUGGAGACACAUGAGAUCUACAAGGAGUUUAUGGCUCUAGAACAAAUUAAGCCACUUGAUGACUGCCACUAUGGAAAAGCUCCAGAAAACAGAGAAAAAAAUAGAUACCGCGAUAUUCUUCCAUAUGAUGAAACACGUGUUCCUCUAGGAGAAGAGAAGGGUUACAUCAAUGCAAGUUACAUCAGAAUAGCCAUUUCAGGAGAAGAGCUUUUCUAUAUUGCAACUCAAGGCCCCCUGGCUGGAACCAUCGAUGACUUUUGGCAAAUGGUUUGGGAGCAUCAAUCCAAUGUGAUUGCCAUGAUAGCCAGAGAAAAAGAGCAAGGAAUAGUCAAAUGCCAUCAUUACUGGCCUGAUUCUCCCACUCAUUCUUUGAAGCUGAGGCACUAUGACAUCACGCUGGAGUGUUAUCAGAUCUUGAAGUUCUUUAUAAUCCGAGUGAUUAAAAUGGUUGAAAAGGAGACAGGAAAAGUGCACUUGGUAAGACACUUGCAGUUCACCAACUGGUCGGACCACAGCACUCCCCAGAUACCUGACUAUCUUGUGAAGUUUGUGCGUUACAUGAGGAAGGUUCACCAGACGGGGCCAGUCGUAGCCCACUGCAGCGCGGGCAUCGGCAGGACUGGAGUUCUCCUCUGUGUGGACAGUCUGCUGUUCGCUAUAGAAAAAGACUUGAGCUUCAACAUCAAAAACAUAGUAACUGCGAUGAGAAAGCAACGUUUUGGCAUGAUUCAGACAAAGGAGCAGUAUCAGUUUUGCUAUAAAGUUGGGCUUGAAGUGCUACAGCAUAUUCUAUUCACCAAUCACAGGCCAUCGCAAUAAGGGAUUCUUCUUUCCCUCUUCAUCAUGGAGUUGCCAAAUGGCUCGAGGUCCCUCAUAAAAAGAAGUUUGCUAGUCUUGGAGGAAAUGUGCCGUGAAGGUGUUAUAUUUUUCGCACUUUGUUCAUGUAGUUCGACCUCUCUAAAGAGACCCUAAAUCGACAUGAUAUGAUUUGGGGUGAAUGAUUUUGCUCUAUUGGUCAAGUUAGAUGGUAUGAAAACAACCCUUCCAUCCCUGCGGGACAAGUAUUACAGAAAAGAACUGGUUACUGGCUAGACAGCUGGCUAAAAGGAUUAUAGGGACCAAUAAAGAGUUUUAAGUACAUUCAA